AGAAGAGGUCAGCUGACUCAAGCUAGUCAGUGUAGCAGCAGCUGGAAAGCAGCAGUAUCGUUUAUUCUGCAGAAGAAAAUAAAUAACAAUAAUAUAUGAAUAAGAGUGUUGUCAGGCAGAUUUUAAUAUUUAGCGAUCUUGUAGUUGCCUCUCUGCACAGAUUAAAGGUAUAACAGUAUGAAAGGUUUAUACUGCCGAGCUGGUGUGAGUGAUGCUGAGCCCAAGUUCGUUAUUCAGGAAACGAGUCUUCCAGAGGUUUUAGGCAGCCAUCUGGUCAGGGUUCAGGUAAAGGCAUGUGGACUCAGCCCACUGGACCUCGAGCUGCUUGGCGACGUGGGGGUCCAGAGAGAUUUCAUCCCUGUUGGCAGAGAGGUGGCCGGGGUCGUCCUGCAAGUGGGCGACAAUGUGUCUUUCUUCCAGCCGGAGGAUGAGGUCGUAGGUAUCCUGCCUCUGGACUCUCCCUGCUCUGGACUCUGUGAUGUCAUUGACAUAGAUGAACACUAUUUAGUUCAGAAGCCAGAGAAGCUCAGCUCGGUGUGUGUUGCGGGAGCGCUGCGUGACGGCCUCUGUGCUUACACUGCUCUACACACACAUGCUCGCAUGGCAGCCGGACACACACUCCUGGUCAUGGACGGAGCCAGCUCUUUUGGCCUUAUGUGCAUCCAGUUGGCUUGUUACCACGGAGUCAAGGUUCUGACGACGUCACACUCGCCGCAGAAACACACAUUUCUGGAGCAACUUCGGCCCAGCGUAGGUGUUCAGGAUCCUUUAGUAGCCAAGGUUAUUCCAGUGUAUAACGAGUCAUCAGACCUGCUGCCAGUGGUUUUGGAGGAGACAGGAGGACUGGGAGUGGAUAUAGUCAUAGACUCUGGAGUGCGUCUGCAAGAGGAGAAGGAGUCAGAGGAGAUGAAGCUCCUCCCACACAAACAUGACAUCAUCAGUGUGCUGGGAGUGGGGGGGCACUGGGUCACGUCCCACAAAGACCUGCAGUUGGAUCCUCCAGAUUGCAGAUUACUGUACUUAAAAUCGGCCUCUGUGACUUUCCUCAACCACGAAGUCUGGACGGCUUCAUCAGCUCAGCAAGGAAGAUACCUCCAUAUUCUGAAGGACAUUGUGGAGAAGAUGUCAGCUGGAGUACUCAGACCUCAGCCUGAGGAGCCAGUCCCGCUCUAUGAAGCCACAGUCGCCAUGGAGACUGUCCAGCGUCACCAGAAGAAAAAGGCGGUUGUUCUACUCUGACCAGAACGCACUCAGACAUUCGUCUGGGGUCACUUCCCUCUGCAGUUCAACUUAAUUAGCAAGCUUUAAUAUAGCAAGUGAACAAUUACAAACAGUCAUUGUUUUUACUUGUUAAAUGUUUUUAGGGGCCUGAAAGCUAUCGCAGCAUGCAUCAGCUGGAACAUCAUGAUGAACCUGUCGCCUUUCUGGGCUAACACUCAGAAAAACACACUCAUGUUAACAGCCCACAUUAAAGCCUGUCUGCUCAUUGUUUGUUACUUGGUUUCUUUGAGAAUCCACAAUGAUUCAUUUGACUCAAUAAAUAGAUAUUUUAUCAGAAAAA